CUUCGCACCCUUCGCAGUCGAAUGUUGUCUCGUGCCGUGACGCGCGCCGCUGCGCAGCGGGCGCCGCUGGGUGCGCGUGCGAUGAGCGGUGUCACGCAGAUGACUGUGCGUGACGCGCUCAACGGGGCGAUGCGCGAGGAGAUGCAGCGGGACGAAAACAUCUUUGUGAUGGGUGAGGAGGUCGCGCAGUACCAGGGCGCCUACAAGAUCACAAAGGGGCUGCUGGAGGAGUUCGGCUCCAAGCGCGUGGUGGACACCCCCAUUACCGAGGCGGGGUUCACGGGGAUCUGCACUGGCGCCGCGUACGCCGGCCUGAGGCCAAUCUGCGAGUUCAUGACCUUCAACUUUUCGAUGCAAGCCAUCGACCACGUCAUCAACUCGGCUGCAAAGAUGUACUACAUGUCGGGGGCGCAGAUCAAGGUCCCCAUCGUCUUCCGCGGACCGAACGGCGCCGCAGCGGGCGUCGGCGCGCAGCACUCGCAGUGCUUUGCCGCGUGGUACGCGCACUGCCCGGGCCUCAAGGCGCGCCCGCCGCUCACCCCUUCCGUCAUCGCGCCGUACUCUGCGGAGGAUGCGCGCGGGCUGCUCAAGGCUGCGAUCCGGGACGACAACCCGGUUGUCUUCCUCGAGAACGAGAUCCUGUACGGCAUGUCCUUCGACAUCGGGCCCGAGGUGCUCGACAAGGACUUCACGGUCCCCAUCGGCGAGUGCAAGAUCGAGCGCGCCGGCUCAGACGUCACUCUCGUCUCGUACUCUCGCGGAGUGCACACCUGCCUCCAGGCCGCCGAGGAGCUCGCAAAGAUGGGCGUCGAGGCCGAGGUCAUCAACCUGCGCUCGGUCCGCCCUCUUGACCGCUUGACCAUCAUCGAGUCAGUCAAGAAGACGAACCGGCUGGUGACUGUCGAGGAGGGGUGGCCCGCCUGCGGCAUCGGAGCCGAGCUCGGCGACUGCGUCUGCGAGUCGGGACGCGCGUGCAUCUACGAGUCGGAGGCGUUCGACUACCUCGACGCGCCCGUCGAGCGGGUCACCGGCGCAGACAUCCCGAUGCCGUACGCCUCCAACCUGGAGAUCGACGCCCUCCCGCAGAUCAACAACAUCAUCACCGGCGUCCAAAAGGUGUGCUACCGCUUGUGAGCGAGGCGAGGGCGGGCAGGGGCUGGAGGCGGGCGGGAGAGGGUGUGAGUUGUGAGCGCUGCAUCCCGCGCACGGGCGGUGCAGCGUGGCAGCCCGGGGGCAACUAUUGAGGCGGCUGGCGCGACCUCGCUCGUGGGCCGCGUGGCGGCAGGUGGCAAGGGCGGCCUGAACCCGGCGCCUAUCAUGCAUCAACACGCACCUGUGCGUGUGGGAGGUUGUAGCGACAGGGGGGGAGAGACGCGGGUCCGUCUGAAUGACGUGUCUACUGUGCAGCGCCACGUCCACAUGGGAAGGAGAAAAAAGUGUCAGCGCGACUCUGUGAUCUGAAGAGACUGGACCCACGUGCAUGUACAUGUGCACAUGUGACAUGACUCGGGGCAGACUCUAGUGACGCUC